UCCUGGUUUUAGAUCGUACCCUUUAGUAUAUAGGAGCAGGAUACUGAUAGUUUCUGGUUUCCGAUCUUUUGCAGUUCAAGUUUUGUUUGAGGGUGGUGUGUUCUGUUGGUUAGAGCUGAUGGAUACUGAUAAUGAGAAGCCUCGGCCUCCUCAAGGUGGUUCAAGCGAACCCUCAAUGUACACAGACAAGAUGUACGCUGAUGAUAAUGAGAGCCCUUCAGAAGAUGAAGAUGGAGAGCCCUCAAUGAGCCCUUCUGAAGAUGAAGAUGGAGAGCCCUCAAUGAGCCCCUCUGAAGAUGAAGAUGGAGAACCCUCAAUGAGCCCCUCUGAAGAUGAAGAUGGAGAGCCCUCAAUGAGCCCUUCUGGAUUUGGAUUGCCCUUAAUGAGCCCUUCUGGAGAUGGAGAUCCCUCAAUAGGCACAGGCGAUUGGAGGAAUCAAUUGCAGCCAGAUACGAGGCAAAAAAUUGUCAACAAGAUAAUGGAGACAUUGAAGAGGCAUCUCCCUUUCUCUAGUCAAGAGGGAUUACAGGAGCUCAAGAAAAUUGCUGUAAGGUUUGAGGAAAAGAUUUAUGCUGCUGCCACAAGCCAGUCGGAUUACCUACGGAAGAUUAGUCUGAAGAUGCUAACAAUGGAGACCAAGUCUCAGAACACAAUGGCCAAUUCUUUACAGUCCUACUCUGAUGAAUCAUUUUUGACUGAGUUGGUUCCGAUUUUUCUUGAUCAAAGUUCUGAAGGUAAUAUUGACCGAAAAAAAGAAAGUUCUGAAGGAUCAUUUUUUACUGAAUUGGGUCCCAUUUUUCUUCAUCAAAGUUCUGAAGGUAAUAUCGAGCAUAGAAAAAAAAGUUCUGAAGGAGCACUUUUGACUGAAUUGGUUCCCACUUUUCUUGAUCAAAGUUCUGAAGAUAAUAUUGACCUGAAAAAAAAAAAAUUCUGA